AUGGAUACCAGUGGAUUUAGCAGUGGCAAGAUGUCCCUCAAUGAAUAUUUUGAUGAUGUCAUCAUAUUGUCUAAGGGCAUCAGCGAACUUGCUUCAGAAAUUUGCAGACUUUUUGUGACAUGGACACUGUUGCUGCUGGUGUUGAAGCUAUUCCUGUGGGAGAAAGCUGCAGCAAUUCCUGAAUGUCAUACAGAAGAUGGGGGCUGUUGGGACCCCCUUGUGGAAACCUUUAACAGUGCCAUUAAGCGAGCAGAAAGUAUCCAUAAUCUUGCUGAACAAAUGCAGCAAGAGUUUUUCCACAAUGAAUUCUCUUCUAGAGCAUUUUCGGCUCUGAUUACACAAAUGAAUAGAAGGAAUAUAACUGUUCUCAGGGCAAGAAUGUACUGCCACGCUAAUGGCACAAACCCUCCAAGUCAUGGAAUUGAACAACAAAAUAUCAAAGACAAAAAAUAUUUAAAAAUGUUGAUCAAUUAUGUGGGUGCCUGGACGAGCCCUCUAUUCCAUCUCACACUUGAAUUGAGUGCCAUGCCAGAUGCCCCUGUAGCUAUCCUUUCAAAAGCCAAACAAAUUGAAGAGGACAACAAAGAACUACUGGAUGACCUUAGGUGGAUACUCAAUAAGGCCUAUCCUACAGCAAAGAUAAAGGAAAAGUUCCCCAGCUGGGAUCAUCUUCCCCACCUAAAAUCGAAUAGCAAAAACAAUAAGUUUUUGGCAAUGUUUAACCUUUCCUACUGCCUACACCUUAAUAUAUUCUACACUGAAAAUCAUCUCAGAACACUGAAGUGUCGAAUAACUGGGAAAGAUUGCUAAGUGCUCAUCGACCCCAUCUGCUUUGGAGAUGGUCCAUGAAGUUCAUUGCUGAGAAAUUUCUUUAAUGUCAUAGCUUGUGAAUGCAUGUGUGUGUGUGUGUGUGUGUGUGU